GCACCAAUGAUGGUACAGCAAGGCAGCACCCAGCACCACCAAAACAAUAAAAAAAACUUGCCGGCAUGUUGUCACAAGGUGAAAGCGAAGAGAUGAGAAAGAAAGAGAAGCUCUCGCCUUACAACAAACGCAUCGUGCAGGGAUAUUUCAGAUUUAUGCAGGGAAAAAGUGCCCAAAUAGGGAAAUUUUACGCCCAAGAAAGGGAAUACUUCAGCGAGGUAUGGAACAUCCCUGGCGGGAAACGAGAGACGGUGGGAAAAACGAUGCAAGACCGGAUGAACGAUUGAUGCGGGGCACUUUCUGUCGGGCGGCCGCUUGUGCCACCUAGCUUACGCGUGCUCAAUUACGGCACUCAGUUUAGUUUUGUUUUUGAAAAAAGACCAAAAUUAGUCUUUUGGCACGGGCUUGGCGCAGAUUACCCAUAUUUUGGCAAAAUGUAGCAGGAUAUAGCAGGGUUAGCCCCUUGGCGCAGUUUGGCGCAAUUGGCGCAGCAAUCACAUCACCGAGAACGCAAACGCAGCGCAUUUCCGCUACAGAGCGCGAUAUACAAGCAAAAACCCGCUACAAACUUGGGUAUCACGGGAACCAAUAUCGCGCACGCAAAUCGCAGACAAAAGAAAAAAGAAACACGGGAACAAGUUAAAAAAUUGCACCUCACGGGAAUGGAUACCUGCAGAUUGCGGACGCUGCAGAGUCGCAUGUCACAAUGCAAUAAGCACGAGGGAACCCGCGGCGAACACACUUGUCACGAACUGAUAUUGCAGAUCACGCAGCUGAUGCGAUUUAUUUAUUUAUUUGCCCCCUUCUUCACUCAUAUUUCCUACCCCCCCCCCCCUUUUUUUUUAAGAGGCACUGUGAACCUUCUUGGUAUGGAUGUGACACGUUUCGCAACGACCUUACUUUCCCAAAUAAAUAAACAAAUAAAAAAAUGGGAAGGGCGAUUUCUUGGGGGCAAGCGUUUAUGCUAAACUUUACAGUAUACACAAUUUAAUGCAUGCAGUAUCUGAAAUACACGUGGCCAAGCUCAGGGCCACUAUGCCAGAAAAAAAAUGUAAAUAAACGGCAAACUGAUGCCUCAGUUAGUGUUGUCAGAUGUAGGGACACGUCGCUAUUCGUAGGGACAUCAGCAGUUACUUUUUAUUUACGCUGCAGAGACGUAGGGACAGACUUUGACUUUUCGAGGAGUUUGUAGGGACUUUCAAAAUGGAAACCUCAAAAAGCUGCUACGCUCGCACCAUUCAGCAAGUGCCAAGCUCAGCUUGCUGGUCUGCAGGAAUACUUUAAGACGGAGAAGCAGAGAAUCCUAAGGCCGAGCGAAACACGGUGGCCGGCACUGCAAAAAUGCGUCGAGCGCAUCCUUCAGGAAUGGGACACAUUGAAGUUGCUUUUUUUGCAAGCGUCACCAGAGGACAGAGUUUCAGCCGCAGGGCUGAUCUUGGCCGACAUGAACCCAAUUAACGGGGCAUAUUUGAAGUUCGUGGCCUCCGUCUUGGGGUUUUUCAACAAAAUAAAUGCUCUGUUUCAGAGCAAAGAGAACCUCAUUGCUGUCAUGCAACAAGAAAGCCCAAGGCUCAUUUGGUGCCUCCGCCAAAAUUUCAUGCGACCUGAAGGAAUUCAAGAUGUCGAGAAGCGGAACCCCAUGGAUCCGCGUUCGCUUCUUCUGCUGGGGGAAGUCUACCUUGAAGAGAGCUGCCUAGAGCUUCUUCAAAGCAUGGAAGGGGGAAGCUCGGAUGUCAAGCACCUAAGGCUUUCUAUUAGACGGCUGUCGUUGAGGUGAAGCAAAGGCUUCCGGUAUCCGGACCAUUUUACCACAAGGUGCAAUUCAUCCAGCCCAGCACAGCAUUGAACUACGAAGCUCGUAAACAGCUGUCAGUCCUGCAAAGCUGGUACGCUUAUCUGUUGCCAUGCGUCGACGCUCCGCAGAGGAAAUGGCGAAUGCUGCCUUCUUUUUUCACUGAACCCAAGAAUGCACUGUUGCAAGACAAGCCCGCCACAUCAUUCUGGGACGAAAUGUCCAAAACGUUUGAAGGUCCACCUUGGAAAUGGUGUGCUCGUGAGGGCAGACAAGAUGGCGUACAUUAUGGGAGCGCGGGGCGACUCCAUGUUUAUCAAGGAGGCGGCCAAGCUUGUGUUUGACCGCGAGAGCCUACAAAUGCGGAGUGUAACCGGAAAACCCUGCUUGCGCUUUAAAGGACCAAUAGCCAAGAGGGCCCCGACUCCUGCAAAGGUGGAGAUGCCUUUCACAAGUAUGUGGACAGAAAGCCCCGAGAGAAGUCCCAAUCCAGGAGGAUCUCUCUGAUCAAUUCUUACCUCAGCGAACUGCUCCAGGACAUAAAAUAGAAGCUUGAAUUCUAGGCUCCACUAAGAAGCUAAGUAGUCAAGCUUCGGCGUGCAUUUAUUCAAUAGAAUGAUUAUCAUGGAAUGACCCACCUCAUACUCUUUCUUUGCAUGACAAACAUAG